AAAUCUCAUACCUCACCCACCCCCCACCCAUUCAUCUUGAGGUGGUGGAGAUGCGUGUGUACGUGUGUGCAAUAUACAUAUAUAGACACACAAACACAAACACACACUCACUUCAAAAUUUUCAAACUUCUUUUAGCAAAAAUAUUCAGACAAUAUUACAAUGACAACACAAGAAGAGGGAUUAACGUUAGAGCUCAUACGACAACAUCUCCUUGAAGAUUUCACAAAUACAGAAUCAUUUAUCAACAGCCUUAAUUCUUGUUUUUCCGAUCAAAUCUCCCCUGUUUUCACCUCAGUAAAAACAGAGCCUUCUACUUCCAAUAAUUCACUCUCAGAUUCUCCUACAUCGUACCCAAAUUCACCAAUUUCCCAUUUUUUCAGCGAUUUUCCAGAAUUCAAUACUAAUUCAGACACUAAUCUUAGCCCGACAUCCGACGGCUCUGUUAGUUCCAACUCGACUAUUUCAUCGGAUACAACGAGUAGUAAUAAUAAUGAAAAUAAGACGAAGAAUUACAGAGGAGUAAGGAGAAGGCCAUGGGGUAAAUUUGCAGCAGAGAUAAGAGAUCCUAAUAAAAAAGGGUCAAGGAUUUGGCUAGGUACUUUUGAUGCUGACGUGGAUGCAGCUAGAGCUUAUGAUUGUGCUGCGUUUAAGAUGAGGGGUAGAAAAGCUAUUUUGAAUUUUCCGAUGGAUGCCGGAAAAUCGGGUGCUCCGGCGAAUGUUGGCCGGAAAAGGAGAAGAGAUAACGGGAUACAGCUUGAGUUGCUGAUCAAUUUGUAACUAUGUUUAAAAUUUGCUUAGGAGAAAAGAGUGUAACGGAAAUGUGUGAAUUAAUAUGUUAAGAGUUGUAUUAAACUCCCUUCCUGUUCAAUUUUGUUUGAUAUUAUCAUUUACGAGAAGUUUUUAUAAUCACACAAAUAUUUUGGGGUU